AUGGAAACCAUUGAUAUUCAAAGUAAAGCCUUUGUCAUAAGAUGGAUCAAAAUAUUACCCUCUUCAACAAACGUUACAGUAUCCUGGCAAAUUAAACCGCUAAAAAAAUCAAUUGAAUUUGGUAUCUAUAAAAAAACAUUAAAUGAAUCUAUAUUUGAUAAUACCGGGUCUAACAAUAACUCCCCAAUUGAAAAUACGAACCAUUCAACUAAAAUAAAAACCAAAUCACCAAAUAAUACAACCCCUCCGACUACUUCCACUCUAGUUCAUAAUAAUACUAACUCCUCCAAUGCAAGCACCUCAAAUAAUAAUUUCACUAUUGUUCCAGAUACUAAAACUCUAAUAAAUAACGUUAUUAAUCAUUCUACUGGUGAUCAUCUUAAUUCAAGUCAACAACAAACAAUUUCAACAACACAACAUUAUCUAAAUGAAUCUUCUGAUGAUUCUACCGGCACUGCUGCUAAUUAUGGCAAAAAAUUACCCACCUCAAUUUCUGGGGUUCAACAGAAAUCUAAUGAAAUUCCAUUUAAUGUUAAGUUGCAACAAUCGGGAUUAAGUAAAGUUAAAUGGUAUGGUGUCAUCCAUGGCGAUAUUUUAUUACAAGACAGUUUAAUUAUUGAUCCAAGUGUUUUUGUAAAAAAUAACUACAAGCCUAUUUAUUAUGCUUUUGUUAUGGAUAAUUCUUCUUCAAAAACCGUAAAGAAAAGAGUUUUAGUAAAUUUUAGUAGUUCAGGUUGUACUAAAACAGUUUCUGGUCCAACUGGCACUCCUAACAUUUCUAUUCCGAGAAAAGAGCACAGUCUUAAUAAUGUAAAUUCCAAUAAUCAUAAUAGUCAUCGUCAUCAUCAUCAUGUAAAUAGUACAGGAGCAAGGGAUCAUCAUAAAUAUAAUAACAAGAAUAGUACUAGCAACGGAACCGUAAAAACAUCUCCCUCUAAGUGUAAAAGAAAUAAAUCAUUAACAAAUAAUUCACACAACUCUUCUACCACUAACACUACUAAUGCUAACACUACUACUAAUACUACUACUACUGCCAAUAAUAAUAAUAAUAAUAAUAAUAAUAAUAAUAAUAAUAACAGUAUUAAUAAUAACGGUGUUCAUAUAUCAAGUGUUUCAAGAAGAAAUACUUCCAGUAGUAACAAAUCUAGUACCGGUAAUACCAAUGCUAAAGCGUAUGACAACAACGGACCUUACACUUCACACAACGGAAGGUAUCUACAAGGAUACAUGUUAAAAAAGAGGAGAAAAAAAUUACAAGGUUUUUCCAAAAGACUCUUUAGAUUAGACUUUAAAUAUGCCACUUUGAGUUAUUAUUUAAAUGAAAAAACAAUCCAAGUGUGCAGGGGUGAAAUUGUUAUUAAUUUAAGUAUAGUAAGCGCUAAUUUGAAAAGUAGAUUAAUUGUUAUAGAUUCAGGUAUGGAAAUUUGGGCCCUAAAAGCCAUUAAUGACAAAGAUUGGAAAACUUGGGUCGAUGCUCUACAAAAAUGUUUUCAAAAUAAUGACCUGGUGGAAAAUGAACAACUAAAUUAUUUAAAAAAUAAUAACACUACUAUUUCACAUUCCACUGCAGUCGUUGCUGAUACUGCAGUUAAUAAUAACGAUGCUCAUAAAAACGAAAAUAAUAAUACUAAUUCUAACAGUAAAAAUAAUGCUAAUAGUAAAAAUAUUGUCACCAGCACCACCCCUACUACUACUACUCCUCCUCCUAUCACUACUAAUAAUAUUGAAACAAUGACUAAUAUUAUUAGUACUCCUACUUUGGAAUUAAAGAAUGAAGGUAUAGAGCCAGAACAACAGGCUGAUGACAUGGAUGCUGACUCAGAAGAGGAAGAUGGCGAUUCUGAUAAUGUUGAUGAUUCUGAUAAUGUUGAUGAUAUUAUUGUCUCACCUGGCAUAAAUAUUGAUGAAAAUGAAAGAAACUACAUUCAAGAUUAUGAUAAUGAUGAUGGCGAUGACGAAAUAAUUUUACAAAAUUUAGAUUCAUUACAAAACAAAAUUGUACUGUGUAUCAAGUUGACAAGUUACUCAAACAACAUUGAUAGAAUAUUGUUAAGUAAAUAUUUGAACGAAAUGAAUGUUUUGUGUCGACAAGUUACCAACAAAUCAAGGAAAACGAUAAAAGAAAAACAUCAGAUUAAAAAGUUGGAUGUAUCCGAUACAGAGGAGUUGCGUAAGUCUAUAAUUGAAAACAAGGCAAAUUUAUCGUUAAUCAAUAAAAAUAGAGAGAAAAGUAGUGGUCCUGAUAACAGAAAUCUUGAUAAUAAUAAUAAGGCAAAACAUCAAUAUUUGGGUGUCAAUCCUGUCACUAAUACAAAUGAAAAAAAGAAUGACAAUUUGGAGUUAUCUGAAAGCAUUGUAAGUUCUAAUAGUCAAUAUUACGAUGCAACUGACGAGUCACCACGUAUUAUUAUGCUAGCCGAUGAAGAUAAUAACAAACUUGCCAACAAUAACGGAGAUACCCACAGUGGAUUAGAUACUCCCAUCGUUGCCACGUUAGAUGACACCUUUCCAUUGGUAACUACAACAGCAAAUUCUGACGGCGCUUUGCAAAACGAAUCGGAAAAAGACAAUCCUGCUACUGAUACAAAAGAUACAUUUUCUCCCUGCAAAGAGCAGAGCGUCCAACCAAAAACAUCUAAUGAGAAGUUGCCCAAAGAUACGACAGUUAAUGUCAAUAUUAGUGAAAUAUCUACUCCAAAAACCAUUAUUUCGUCAAUUCCCUCUACAACUGCACAGGACAAAAGUUCUGCUUCUACUUUUUCAGCAGACAACAGUAAUAACAAUUCUUCAUCGUCGCUACCCUCACAGAAAUCCAAACCAUUGCCCACUCAAAAGGAUCAACUGACAUUAGUUAUUGAUAAUGCUAAUAAAUGGCCGUUAGUAAAUGAGUCCAAAUCCAUGCCAAUUAAAACAAUUAAGAGAAGAAAUGAUGUAAAGGCCAGUAACUCUCAACCACCUACAUUAUUGUCAUUUCUACGGAAGAAUGUGGGUAAAGAUUUAAGCUCUAUAACGAUGCCAAUUACGUCAAAUGAGCCAAUCACUAUUUUGCAGUUUUUGGCCGAAACUUUUGAGUAUUCAGAAUUACUAAACAAAGCCGUUACUGCUGAAAGCCCAGUGGAAAGAUUAGCUUUGGUUACGUCGUUUGCUAUAUCCAAUUUAUCACUGCACAGAAAUAAUAUUAGGUGUUUAAGAAAGCCGUUUAAUCCAUUAUUGGGAGAAACGUAUGAACUAUGUCGAGAAGACAUUGGUUUUAGAUUUAUUGCGGAAAAAGUUUCACAUAAGCCACAACAAGUUUUUGCCGUUCAUGUAGAUAGCAUUUUCAAUUGGGAGAUUAGUUAUACUAUUACACCUAUCCAAAAAUUUUGGGGGAAAAGCAUUGAAUUCAAUAACGUUGGUGUUUUGAAAUUGGAUUUUCUGGAUAAAGUCACUGGAAAGGUUAAGGAAACGUACCAAUGGAGUGCACCAACUACAAUUUUGAAAAACAUUAUAGCUGGCGAAAGGUUUGUCGAGCCCAUGGGGCUUUUCGAAGUGAAUUGUUUAACUAAUAAAUUACGGGCAACAUGUGAGUUCAAAAGUGCUGGUGGGUUUUUUAAAGGUCGUUCAGAAGAUGUUCACUGUCUAUUAUUUGACGAAAAUAAGUUAAAGACCAAGAAAAAAUCGCCCGUUAAAGUUGGUGAAAUUGUAGGUACUUGGACCAAAGAAUUGAAAUUGAUGCCUAAAAAUAAGAUACUAUGGUCCUGUGGCAACUUAGUUUCAAAUGCUGAGAAAAAAUAUGGCUUUACUGAAUUUAGUGCAAAUCUGAAUGACAUUACUGCCUUAGAAAAGGGCUACUUACCUCCAACGGAUAGUAGAUUGAGGCAAGACGUUUCUAGUUAUGAACUUGGCCAUAAUGAAAAAGCCGAAAAGCUAAAAUUGCAGUUGGAACAAAUGCAAAGAGAAAGAAGGAACGCUGGCAAGGAUGUCAUGCCACACUUUUUCAAAAAGAAAGAGAUUGGUCCAAAACAAGGAAAUACUUCUGCAGACACUGACGGUGCUGGAGAGGAUGUUAUAGAAGAAUGGGAAAUUAUCAAAGGCCCAAGUAACUAUUGGAAUAGAAGAAAGUUAGGCAACUGGGAUGGUAUUGAUGCAUUAUGGUGA